AAAUAGUGUUGGAGGUGGGGAGAGGGUGGAAUGACCUGAUGUUUUAUUCGGACUCAAAAUAAGGCGAGAUGAAACACUCAAGCAGUGUGUGUUUCAUUCAUACUCGAAGUCGGAGGGCGCUCUCGCGCAGAAAGUCGAAUCAGGAAAUGGACAAAAAGCGUCCAACCAUCGCUGUAUGAAAACAGUUGUUUACACAGAAAAACAGAAACGUUUGGAAACAUGAAGACAUUAGACAUAUGAUUGCGACAAUAUAUGGUUUAUUUGUGUCAUCAUCCAGCAGGAGAAAACCAUGGCAGCUCCAUUCAGAUCACUUGUGGAAGAUUAUCCAAGAUACCUCAAAUCUUUUGAGCUUUUUCUGGAGCGCUCAUCAGAGCACCAGUGCAUGCAGGACUUCAUUCAUAAUACGCUACCAGACAUACUGGCAAGCAUUGGAGGGGGGAGAUCCGUUUUCAAUGUUAUGGGAGUAGGGAGUGGAGCAGGUGAGAUUGAUCUAGAGAUGCUUGCUCAGCUACACCUGAAACAUCCACAUGUCAAAGUCGACAAUGAAGUGGUGGAACCAAGCAAUGACAUGCUGCACAAAUAUAAAGUUCGGGUGUCAACAACUCCAGACCUUGAUCAUAUUAACUUUGAGUGGAAUAAGAUGACGGCAUCUGAAUUUGAAAAACACUGGCAAGAGAAAAACCCUGGGAAAAGGAUGGACUUCAUUCACAUGAUACAGAUGCUGUACUACGUCAAAGAUCCAGAGGCCACUGUCUCAUUUUUUCGGAGUCUUCUACACAAAGAUGGGAAACUCUUAAUCAUUCUGGUGUCAGGUGAGAGUGGAUGGGGAAAAUUAUGGACAACCUUUAAAAAACAACUAUGUAAUACUGAGAUCAGCCAGUGUGUCACUACAGGAGAUAUAAAGACCUUCCUAGACACUGAGGGAAUCCCCUACCGGAACUAUGAGCUUCUGUCCCAGAUGGACAUCACUGAGUGCUUCACUGAGGGAGACCAGGUGGGAGAACUGCUGCUGGAUUUCCUUACCGAGGUCAUAGAGUUCAGUAAGAAUGCUCCUGAAGAUCUGAAGAAAGGAGUACUGGACUUACUGAGACAUCCUGACUGCAGUAAAGAGGUGGAUGGCAGGAUCAUAUUCAACAACAACCUGGGAGUCUUAGUGGUUGAGCCGUAGCUCCAAGACUCCUUUAUAUCUCACCUGCACAAGAAUAUAUGAAUAUACAGUGGUUCUUUUGACUCCAAAGCCCCUCAUUGUCCACAUAGCUAAUAAUGUUGAAAGGCCUCAUGACUUUUCCAGCUGUUCAUGAUUUACUGAUAAGGAUAAAGAAUAAUGAUUUUAGUCAUUAACAUGACAUUUUGAAGUCUAGAAAUCACACUUUCAAAAUCAGACUACCUCAAUUUUUAUUUUUUUUUCCAAGUCCAUGGGAAGUCGGGAACAUUACUGUAGUUCUAAAAAUAAAUAAAUUAAAACAGUUGCUGAGGUGGUGAAUUAAACUAGGAAAUAUAUUGAUUUUUAGGUGUUUUGUCUUAUUUUAAAUCAUUUAAAGUAAUUUUUUUAGAGGGCACUGGCCUCCAGGUUCAGAAACACUGGUCUAGGAAGUACAGAAUGUCUAUAUUUUCACAUUUUUAGAAAUGUUCUGUUUCUACAGAAAUGUGGCUUAUCUUAACAAUAGCAUAUAUUUUAAUGAAUUUAUUCAAGAGCCUUAAAGUGCCCCUAUUAUGCCAUUUUAAAGGUUCCUAAUAUUGUUUUGGGGGUCUCCUACAAUAUGUUUACAUACAUGCAAGGUACAAAAAUGCUUUCAUUUUCUCAAAAUGUGAAUUUAAUAUCACCUCAUUUUCCCAUAAUUCUAAAACAAUUCGUUCAAAGUGGUUCUAAGAUUAAGUCUCUCUAAACCCCUCCAUUCUGUGAGCUCUGCUCUGAUUGGUCAGAUGGCCAUGAAUUGCAUAGAUGAUUUGAAUUAUUGAUGACUCGUUUCAGCUGUUCAGAGUUGAUUCUUUCUUUUGGGAGACAAUAACUGUCUUUAUUUAUCGUGCACUUUCGGCUUUACAGCUUUGAAGAUAGUUUACAAUCUUAUACAGCUACACACUGCAUUAGAGGCAAUAUUCGAAAUGGCAUAAUAGAAACACUAUUGUCUCCUCAUUCAAGGUAAUUGCUGUUCUAAAGAAUUUAAUAUUGUAACAUGAUGUUGUUCUGGGUGAACAAACUGGAAAAGGAAGACCAUAGAGAGCAAUGCAAAGUUUAGAUGGCAUCAACAUCAAACAAAAGUGUUUUAACGAAGGCCUAUGUAGGUGACGUAUCAUGAAGAAACCUUGUAGCACAAACUCCAGUAUGAGUAACUCGUACUUUGUGAAACUUGUCCAAGCAGCAAAGUACAACUUUUGUAUAUUGACUUAUUAACUCACAGGGACACAAAGUUUGUGAUUUUUCUACAACAGCCGUUAUGAUGAAAGAGAUGAGAUUGUAUUUUUUGGUGACUAGUUGUGUUGUUGUGACCUUAUACCUCAUUUAGGUUUGGAGAGCUGUUUAAUGUCUAACCAGACAGGACAAAGGUUGUAUAGACAUUUCAAAGUUAAUAAUACAUAUACUUGAAACUACUACCAGUUGUAUUUGAUUACUCAGUGUAGAGGGCUUGUUAAAAUAGCACCACCUUCCCUUUGUAUUUGCUUACAGUAUUAUUGCAAAGUAACUUGAAUAUUGUCUUGUCCAACAACAUUUCUGUAUAUCUGUCCCACUUGACAAUUAAACAUCACAUUAAAUUGACAUGAUCAACUUAAAAA